AAUGAUCUCAACACAAAAAGCUAUUCAUCACAUUGUGUUGCUGAGAAAGAAGCCUUUGCUUUUGCAUUGGAACAUUCUCAUUUUCAUGAUUUUAUAUCCUUUAGCUUCUUUGGGAAUUAAUGUCUACUUACUUCCUGCCAUGUUGCACUCUCAUUCCGAUCAUUCUCACCAUCAUCAUCAUCACGAAUCACAUUCAGAUAAUUUAUUUUUUUAUCAUCUUGUUUGUUUGGGUCCUUUGGCUUUGAUACAUUUAGUUACAUUCCUCUCAGCCUAUUGGAAUGUUAAUAUCAAGGCUUUUUUUCAAUACUCACCUGUUGGUUCUGAUUCCAUCAGUGAAGGAAUUGUUGUUAAAGUUGUUCCGAACAAACACAAAGGGUUCACAGAAUUAUGCCCUCUAAAAUUAAUAAGAGAGGAAAAUGGGCAACAGCGAUAUUAUUUCGAAUAUCAAAAGCGAGGCUUUUAUUGGGAUGAAAAUUUAAAACAAUUCGUUAGAAACCGUUUUCCAUAUCAAAAUUUGGAGCAAAAAUCCCAAACACUCAAGGAAUGGAUCACAAAGACUGAGAAACAAGGUUUAACUGAUAAGGAAACACACGUUAAGAGAAGAAUUUAUGGUCAUAAUCAAUUUGAAAUUCCAAUACCAAAGUUCCUUGAGUUAUUUAUCGAACAUGCAUUAGCUCCAUUCUUUGUAUUUCAAGUAUUCUGUGUAUUGUUGUGGUGUUUAGAUGAGUAUUGGUACUAUUCCCUUUUUACACUUGUUAUGUUGUUCAUGUUUGAGAGUACUGUUGUAAAUUCGAGAUUGAGAAGUCUUAACCAAAUAAGACAAAUGGCCACAAAGCCUCAAUUCUUAAAUGUCUAUAGAGAUGGCAAGUGGAUAGAAAUUUCAAGUAUUGAUCUCUUACCUAACGAUAUAAUUUCUGUUACUCAUCAUGCUGAAGAAGGCCAAGUAACACCAUGCGAUAUUUUAUUAAUUAGUGGCAAAUGUGUAACGAAUGAAGCCCUCCUUACUGGUGAAUCUACUCCACAAAUGAAAGAAUGUAUUCCUGUGGAAGAGUUGAAGGAUAGAAAGAAGCUUGAUAUCAAAAAUAUUGAUAAGAGUCAUGUUAUAUUUGGAGGUACAGUUGUUUUACAACACACAACAGGAACAGCAUGUGGAAAACAAGCUCCAGACAAAGGUGCUGUUGGUAUUGUGUUGAGAACAGGCUUUGAGACGUCUCAAGGAAAGCUCAUUAGAACCAUUUUAUAUGCUUCUGAACGUGUGAGCGCUAAUAACGUAGAAGCACUAUUGUUCAUCUUGUUCCUUUUAAUUUUUGCAAUUAUUGCUAGUGCAUAUGUGCUAUAUGAGGGAUUAAAGAAUCCUGAAAAGAGCAGAUACAAAUUGGCACUCAAUUGCAUUUUAAUUAUUACUUCUGUAGUUCCUCCUGAAUUACCAAUGGAACUUUCUCUUGCAGUCAAUAACUCUUUAUUGUCACUCUCCAUGUUAGGAAUUUUCUGUACUGAACCUUUCAGAAUCCCAUACGCUGGUAAAGUUAACGUUUGUUGCUUUGACAAGACUGGUACCCUAGUCAGUGAUAAGAUGACACUCAAGGGAAUUGCAAUGUCAGAAAAUGAUUCUGAUGAAUUAUUGGAGAAACCAAGUGAAAAGAGUAGAAUGGUAUUGGCUGGUUGUCAAUCCCUCAUCGAUCUGAAUGGAAAAAUAUUGGGUGAUCCUAUGGAAGUUUCUGGUCUUUCUGGUGUUGAAUAUGAAAUCAAUAAGGAUAUUAUUCAAAGUACUUCAUCAAAGACCAUCAAAUCCAUCAAAAUACUGAAGAGAUUUCCUUUCAACUCAGUCCUCAAAAGAAUGUCUACUAUUGUUCAUGUUGUAGAGAAGAAUGACUCUAAGGUUACUCGUGUUCUCGUAAAGGGAGCUCCAGAGUUAGUAAAGCCAUUCCUUACUGGAAGUGAAGUUCCAGGCGCUCUUCAAUCCUAUGACACUAGAUUCCAACAUUUAACCCAAAUCGGUAUGAGAGUAAUCACACUUGCCUAUAAGGAUUUGAACACCACCGAUCUUAAUGUAGUAGAAAAAUUAACUAGAGAAGAAGUAGAAAAAGAUUUGAUUUUUGCUGGCUUUGCUUCAUUCCAAAGUGAUAUUAAGCCAAAUACCAAAGAAACUAUUCAAAAUCUUAAAAAUAGCUCACACAAGGUUAUUAUGAUCACUGGCGAUAAUCCUUUGACCGCCUCACAUGUUGCAAAAGAAUUAGAAAUGACAAACAAGCCAAUUCUGUCCCUCAAACAAGACAAUGAAAAAUAUUAUUGGUUCGGAAAUACUAGCAGUGGAUGUGACUCGGACACGCACAAAGAUUUUGAUAUUAGUACUAUUCCAACACUUUCAAAAUCAUUUGAUUUUUGUGUAAGUGGUGAACAAAUGGCUAACCUUUCAGCACUUUCGAAUGGAAAAACUAUUUUGGAUGUCCUUUCUUCCCAUGUUGCAAUUUUCGCUCGUGUUAGCCCCGAACAAAAAGAAUCCAUCUUGACAUCACUCAAAUCACAAAAUUAUCAAACUCUCAUGUGUGGUGAUGGUACUAAUGAUGUUGGUGCCUUGAAACAAGCUCAUGUUGGUGUGGCACUUCUCGAAAAUAAGCCCCAACCAAAGAAGGAAAACGAAACCCAACAACCAAAUACACCCCUCCAUAAGAAGAGCGAUAUUAUCAAGGAACUUUCUAAAGUUAAUCCAUCAGUUAGUCCUCAAGCUCAACAAAAGAAAUCCUUCACAGAGUUGUUGAAAGAAAUGAAAGAAAAACAAGAACAGUUGGCAGCUCAAGAAGAGGCUAAUCUUGUUAAGUUGGGAGAUGCUUCAAUUGCUAGCCCUUUCACUUCUCGUAAAUCCACAAUAGAAUCAUGUGCUCAUAUUAUCAUGCAAGGACGUUGUACAUUAGUUACCACAAUGCAAAUGUACAAAAUAUUAGCUUUAAAUUGUCUCAUUUCUGCCUAUUCUUUGAGCGCUCUCUACUUGGAUGGUGUAAAGUUUGGUGAUUCACAAAUGAUGAUAACUGGCUUUGGAGUUGCCUUGUGCUUCCUUUUCAUUUCAAGAUCCAAACCUUUAGAUACUUUAUCCAAAGAAAGACCACAUAUUACUAUUUUUUCUCCUUACAUGUUAGCAACUGUGAUGGGACAAUUUAUUGUUCACUUGACAACACUAGCUCUCAGUGUUCAGGCUGCCAAACUUGCUGCUCCUGAAGUGUUAUUCGAACCAAAAGAAGCAGAUUUUAAACCUAAUCUUCUUAAUACUAUUGUUUUCAUUGUUACUUCCCUUCAAACAAUUGUCACAUUUGCUACAAAUUAUAAGGGAAGGCCAUUCAUGCAAGGCUUGACAGAAAACAAACCUCUCUUCUUCAUUUUGGCAGGUAUAGGAGCAUUAUGCAUGUUAUGUGCAAGUGGUUUAGUACCAGAAUUGAAUGCAACCAUGGAAUUAGUAGACAUUCCUGAGGGAAUUUCAGUUUUCCACACUUUUUCAUUUAGAAGUUUCCUUUUGGUUCUUCUCUUUGCUAAUAUUGGAGCUGUUUUAUUGGUAGAAAAGAUGUGUGCUACUUUCUUCCCUGCAAGUGAUUCAAUUGAUAAUCUUUAGUUCUACAACAAUACCUCUCCAAUAAAUUUACAUGAUUUAAGAAU